UUUGGGAAGCCGGUGUGACAAGUGCAAUUCUGCUGCGGUGCGCUGAUAUUGAAAGUGAAAAUAGCUGUAAUAUUUUAUUGCUUCAAUUAGUGCAUUGAAUAAUUAAAUUUAUUGCAAACAUGCCAAUGCAAAUUAAAAACGUUCUCGUCUGCGAUGCAGUUGAUAAGUCUUGUGUUGAGCUGUUACAAGAACAUGGCAUCAAUGUGACUUACAAACUGAAGCUGCCGGUUGAUCAGCUUUGCAAGGAAGUGAAGAACUUUGAUGCCGCCAUUGUGCGCUCGGAUACGAAAAUAACCGCGGAAGUGCUCGCUGCUGGCGCUGGCAGCCUUAAGGUCGUGGGACGUGCUGGAGCUGGGGUGGACAACAUCGAUGUGGCUGCAGCCACCAAGCAUAAUGUGGUGGUGCUCAACACGCCAGGCGGCAAUUCGAUAUCGGCUUGUGAGCUGACAUGCAUUCUAAUUGGCGCUCUGGCGCGUCCCGUUGUGCCCGCUGGCCAGAGCAUGAAGGAAGGUCGCUGGGACCGGAAGCUCUACAGCGGCAGCGAGCUGUAUGGCAAGACUUUGGCAGUGCUGGGACUGGGACGCAUUGGACGUGAAGUGGGCAUACGCAUGAAGACCUGGGGCAUGAGAAUUAUUGGCUAUGAUCCCAUAACAACAGAGGCGGAGGCCAAGGCCGCAGGCAUUGAGAAAAUGACGCUGGAGCAGAUUUGGCCACUGGCUGAUUACAUUACAGUGCAUACGCCGUUGAUUCCAGCAACCAAAAAUCUCAUCAAUGCCAGCACUUUGGCCAAGUGCCGAAAGGGCGUCAAGGUCAUCAAUGUGGCACGCGGCGGUAUAAUCGAUGAGCAGGCUGUGCUGGAUGCUCUGGAGAGUGGACAAUGCGCUGGCGCUGCCUUUGAUGUGUUCCCCGAGGAGCCGCCCAAGUCAGCAGUGACCAAGGCGCUUGUUGCGCAUCCCAAGGUGGUGGCCACGCCUCAUUUGGGCGCCAGCACUGGCGAGGCGCAAGUGCGUGUCGCCGUCGAGGUGGCCGAGCAGUUCAUCGCUCUCAAUGGCAGCUCACCCAAGUACACCAGCACCGCUGGCGUCAUUAACAAGGAGGCGCUUGCUCAUUAUCAGUAAAUUACACGAAUUUACAAUGAAAUGCAUUUAUAAAUAUUAUUUUAUAUUUUAUGUAUGGCAAGUAAUUUGAUAAGCAACUUUUGCU